AUGGAUUUUAUUUUAUCUGCGUUUCACAACAUACCAGUCUUGAAGAAUUUUUUUACCCAAGAGAGAAAACAAGUAUGCUUUGACACCCAUGAAGGCAAAGAAUGCAUUGCACCUUUAUUUCAGACUGUACAAGAGACUCCACAGCCCAUCCUAACCAAAAUUAGUGGCAAAAUCCCCAAAUGGAUCCAGGGCAGUCUGCUGCGAAAUGGGCCAGGCAAAUUUGAAUUUGGAGACUACAAUUUUAACCACUGGUUCGAUGGCAUGGCCCUCAUGCACAAAUUUACAAUUAUAGACGGAAAUGUAACUUACAUGAGCAAGUUUCUCCAAAGCAACGCUUACAAGUCCAAUCAAAGUGAGAAUAGGAUUGUAGUGUCUGAAUUCGGAACUUUGGCUACACCGGACCCCUGUAAGAGUUUGUUUCAGCGCUUCAUAUCAACGUUUGAGAUGCCAGAACCAACUGACAAUGGGAAUGUAAACUUUGUAAAAUACAAAAAGGAUUAUUGUGUCAGCACAGAGACAAACAUCAUGCGUAAAGUGGAUCCAGAAACACUGCAGACAAAAGAAGAGGUUAACUGGACAAAACAUAUUGCUGUGAAUGGAGCAACAGCUCAUCCUCACUACGAUCCAUGUGGUACAACAUAUAAUAUGGGUAAUUCCUAUGGAAAACAUGGAACAUUUUACAAUAUUAUUAAGGUGCCUGCUCAGGAAUCAGAAGAUGAAGGCAUACUGCAAGGGGCAGAAGUAGUGUGCACAAUACCUGCAGUGGACAAAUGGAAUCCCUCUUAUUACCAUAGUUUUGGUAUGACAGAAAACUAUGUGGUGUUUAUAGAACAGCCAAUAAAGAUGAGUAUUUUGAGACUUAUUACAGGGAAAAUAAGAGGUAUACCCAUAUCUGACUGUCUGAGCUGGGAUCCGAGCUGUGAUAUCGUUUUCCGUGUGGCAAAUAAACACACAGGAAAGCUCCAUUCCGUGACAUACCAUACCAACGCCUUUGCAAUGUUUCAUCAAAUAAAUGCCUAUGAAGACCAGGGCUGCAUUGUGCUUGAUCUCUGCUGUCAAGAUAAUGGGGAUGCUGUACAUCUGUUUCAGCUGCAAAACCUGCACAAAUCUGGGAAAGCUUUGGAUGAGCUCUAUAAUUCAGUGGCCAAGUCUCUCCCUCGCAGAUUUGUGCUUCCUCUCAAUAUUGACGGUGACACACCACAGGAUGCAAACCUCAGUCCUCUAGAUUAUACAACAGCUACUGCUGUUAGUCAGGACUUUGGAAAGGUGUGGUGCACUCAUGAGAACCUGUAUAAUGAAACGUUUGAAGAUGUUGGAAGCCUAGACUUCCCAGCCAUCAAUUAUUCCAAAUACAACACCAAAAAGUACCGUUAUUUUUAUGGAUGUGGACUUUGGCAUCUUGUUGGAAGCAGCCUUAUUAAGAUGGAUGUGGUAACCAAGGAAAUGAAGAUUUGGCAAGAAGAUGGUUUCUAUCCCUCGGAGCCAGUGUUUGUGCCUAGACCAGAUUCUAAUGAAGAAGAUGAUGGAGUUAUCCUCUCAGCUGUUCUCACUCCCCGUCAGGAUAAAACAACAUUUCUGCUUAUCCUAGAUGCCAAAGUCUUCACAGAAAUUGCCCGAGCUGAAAUUCCUGUACAAAUGCCUUAUGGAUUCCAUGGAAUGUUCUUACCUCAACAGUAA